GUCGACGUCACUUCUACCAUGUUGAAACAGGAAGUAGGCAGAGCCGACGCGGGGAUCCUGUAACUGUGCUCACCGUGUUUGCUCGAUCGGUUGGCCGUUCUCCGCGUCGACAUUCGGGUUACAUGCUGCGUGUCUUUCUGGCCUGUCGAGGUAGGCGCGUCUCUUCGGAUCUGAUCGUUUCGUAGCAGCAGCAGCAGCGAUGGCCUCCCUCAAGCAGAGAACCUCGGGCCUCGUCCAGCGGAGGAGCGAGGCCAUCCGCAGCGCCGCCGACAAGGACAGGGACUCCGCCGAAGAGGAGGACGAGGCCCGCCGCGGGGAGGAGGAGGACGACGACGACGACAAGGGGGACUCGAAGGAGACCAGGCUCACGCUGAUGGAGGAAGUGUUGCUCUUGGGCCUCAAGGACCGGGAGGGCUACACGUCUUUUUGGAACGACUGCAUUUCCUCCGGUCUCCGCGGGUGUAUGCUGGUGGAGCUGGCCCUCCGGGGGCGGCUGCAGCUGGAGGCCUGCGGCGUGAGGAGGAGAAGCCUGCUCUCCAGAAAGGUGAUCUGCAAGUCUGACGCCCCGACGGGAGACGUGCUGCUGGACGAGGCCUUGAAGCACGUUAAGGAGACCCAGCCUCCAGAGACCGUACAGAGCUGGAUAGAGCUGCUGAGCGGAGAGACCUGGAAUCCCCUGAAGCUGCACUACCAGCUCAGGAAUGUCAGAGAACGUUUGGCCAAAAACCUGGUUGAGAAAGGUGUGCUCACCACCGAGAAACAGAACUUCCUGCUUUUUGACAUGACCACGCAUCCGCUCACCAACAACACCAUUAAACAGCGCCUCGUGAAGAAGGUCCAGGAAUCCGUUUUGGAGAAGUGGGUCAACGAUCCCCACCGCAUGGACAAGCGGGUCCUGUCCCUGAUCCUUCUGGCCCACUCGUCCGACGUUCUCGAGAACGCCUUCGCCCCGCUGCAGGACGACCAGUACGACCUGGGCAUGAAGAGGGUCCACACUCUGCUGGAGCUGGAGCCGGAGAAGGAGAGCGCAAAGCCCAACGUCAACGAACUCAUGUGGGCGGUGGUGGCCGCGUUUACUAAAUGAAAAAAACGCCCCCCCCCCCCGAUUGGUUGGACUGGAAGAUCUGGCUACGGUCUGUUAUUUAAUUGGUUGAAGGACUUCACUUAAUGAGACAGACUUCACUUUAAUGAGACAAUCUGUUUUGGCCGGGGAGCCUGUGUGUACAUCUACUCCGGAUGACGUUUUGGUGGCAGUCCUUAUUAAGCGGGUGCAAUCCGAUUGGUGGUGGGCUUCACCGAGUAGCGUUCGGCUGGAGCGGUCUCUAAAUAAAACGAUGAGUGGGUGCUGUCACACAGUGGGGUAUAUUAUCUGCCGCUGCCAGGCCGAGGACGUGCGAAGAAUCGCCGGCACCACCAACCGAUGGGUUUCCGUUCAUGUUAGAUGACAUCAAAGAACAAAGGCAGGUGGCAGCGGUCGUCAUGGUGAUUAUGAAGACUCUGACUGGGGCCAGGAUUCCUUUCUAAGGGAACAUCAUCGCUAGCUUUCCACACGGUCGGGCCAGAAUCAAAUCCUGGUCUCUUCUGCAUACCCCCCCCCCCUGCCUCCCCCCCUCUCCCCUCACAUGCUUAUGCAAGGAUAAAGGAUAGCAGAUCCUGCUGCUGUUGAUGCCCUUUGCACUCGCGCAGGUCUCCUGCUUCCAAAAGAUUCUCCCCCACUGGUUGGGUUUGCGUCUUUUAGAGUUACUGUCCGAUCAGACCGGAAUCUUUCCUCCGCUCUUCCUCAUUGCGUUUUGAGGAGGACACGGAGGACACCAAUAAAUACUUACUGGCCUGCAACACUACGAGUGAGCCGAGUAAUUUGGCCCAAAUGAAGAAUUAAACCGUGAGUCUCACAAAGCUCUUCACUUAUUGGUCGCAAUGGGUCCAUCCCGUGUUUACUACGAGAUUAGUCUUCCAUUUCUAUUCAUGUUGCUAACCGAUGCAUACAGUAGCCUUUCAUUUAUCAACUUAUUUGCAGAGUCAAUAGCGCUGUAGGAAGAAUUGUCUUUUUACAGGAUUUUUUGGGGGGGGUGAAAAGAUUAAAAAUGAAGAACCGUAGCGACCAUGGUCGAGCAAAAAGUAAAAAAGAAUACUUAAAAAUCAUUCCUGAGUUUAUCCAAUGAAUAAAUAAGCCAAGUGUGAGUCAAGAUGGAAAAACAAAUAGGCGGUCAUAUCUGUUCCUUCUUUUUUUUUUUUAUCGCCUUUAACAGCUCACACGAGAUUUACAGUAGGAUCCUCAGCGGCUGCUCACACGACUGCUGGGAAAUGUUCACGGAAUUAAAUAAUGAAUAACUUAGGGGAAAAGGGUCGAUUCACCCAAGUUAUAAAAAAGAAAUACCCAUUUUGGUAUCGAGCCACGGAGGUAACUUUGGCUUUAUUUAUGUUGUGAAAUGUCUUUAAGAUAUUUACCUCUUAAAAUUGGUAAAUGGAAUUUCCUUUUCAUGUUCGUCAUCAGUAAAACAGAAGCAAAGUCUAUUUUUUUUUUACUCCCCUAAUUGCUAAUCUUUGCUGUAGAUUGUUUUCUAAGACGCACUUUGCACUAGAAACACCACCUCGAUGACGUCUGCGAUCUGCGUCUUCUGUGGCUUCGUUAUAGACGUAGACCGAAGUGAAGUGAAACUACGUCUUUUUGUUUUUUGGGUGAAGCGACCCUUUGAAAGUCUCCCUGUUAUGCUAUGUAGUGUGUCGCUCAGCUUCUACGUCAUAAUUAGAUGUUAUUUCUAGCUGGUAGGCCCACGCGGGCGCGUUAUAUUGUUCGAUACGUGCAGAUCACAGGAGGGUUACUUGGGCCCCGGAGGGAUUCCACGGUAAAGAACGAACCUGUUCCACCAUAUUCUUAAAAAAAAAAAACAACCUCCCCCAGGCGGGCUUCUGUGCAGACCUGGUUUCUGGUGUGUGGAGUUAAAUGUGUGAUGGGACUGUUCUGUUUUCUACCAGCGGAACAACAACUAGUGUGAAGAGGUGCUGAGAUGCGUUCAGAUGCAUGCUGUCGGUGGAGGGCUGGGGUACUACAGAGAAAAAGGCUUAUAUGUAAUCAUUAGUUUAUUUUAUGUGUACGAUCUAAUGGAAUUUAAUGAAAGGGAUCUUCUCUCCUAUCCGCUAUAAUUCUGUAUGCUUUUAUAUUACCACACAAAAUAAAGUAAGGAUCCUUUAAGUGCCUGAAUUUA